GUUUUAUCAUGUAGGCGUCGCCUCUCCGGGGGUGACGUCACACUCACGGCGACGGUUUGCAUUUCGCGCACGAACUGAAGAGUUGACGGAGAUCUUUCUUCCGCCAGGUUUAAAGAGUGAACAUUGACCAGGCAAACAUGGCCAACCAGUCAAUAGAAAUCAUAUCAAAGGUUCUGGAGCAGUCCGCUAAGUUGGUGGAGGAGCAGGUGGAUGCACAUCUGAGCAAACUGAAUGAAUUGGAUGAGGAUGAUUUAGAGAGACUGAAGGAAAGGCGGCUGGAAGCACUUAAAAAAGCUCAGAAACAGAAGCAGGAGUGGUUGUCUAAAGGCCAUGGAGAGUACAGAGAAAUCCCAAGUGAAAAAGACUUCUUUAGUGAAGUCAAGGAUAGCAAGAAUGUUGUCUGCCACUUCUACAGAAAUUCCACCUUCAGAUGUAAGAUCCUUGACAAACACUUGGCCAUCUUGGCAAAAAAGCAUGUUGAGACCAAAUUCAUCAAACUGAAUGCAGAAAAGGCUCCAUUUCUGUCAGAGAGGCUGCGCAUCAAGGUCAUUCCUACACUGGCCUUGCUGAUAGAUGGAAAAACAAAGGACUAUGUUGUUGGAUUCACUGACUUGGGAAACACGGAUGAAUUUUCCACAGAAAUGCUUGAAUGGAGACUUGGCUGUGCAGAUGUUAUCAACUACAGUGGUAACCUGAUGGAGCCCCCAACAGUGACGCAGAGAUCAGGAACAAAGUUCACAAAGGUGGAGAAGAAAACCAUUAGGGGACGAGGCUACGACUCUGACUCUGAUUCUGGAGAUGACUGAAAACCCUUGACUUCACCUGGUUUCCUCUCUCAGGGCUACCUCAGUAAUAAAAUCUAGCAGACAGCCCACAUUCAUUUAUCUUCUCUACUCCUCUUAGAUGCUUGUCCUAUUCAUUACAAACACUCUUUAUUUACAAAAUCUCUAAAUGCAUUGUUAUUUUACCUAUAUUAUUUAAUUGUCUGUCAUGUCCUACAUUCAAACAUGUAUUUAUAUACAUGUACUUCAAGUGAGACUAUACAUUGUAUAGUAAACUUUUUCUGAGCCAUUUCUAGCUUUAUAUUUUUGCUAAUGAUUUUGGCAUCUUUAGAGGAUAGAGGUGUGCUUAAUUAGGUACUGUAGUAUUGGUUUUUCUGUGUUUCUUUUCAACAGUGUGACUCUGAUGUUAUAACAGAAAACCUGAUGCAUGUGAGUGCCAAGAUCAUCUUUUGCAUUCAGACUACAUUUUUACAUAUUUCAAUGUAGCAAGUAUUCAACUUAGUGUAACAUUAAAAAAAGACUUGACGAAAAAGUAUCUGGUUCCGGGGGGGGGGGGGCUAUGUGAGGUUGGGAAAAAAAGAGUUAGGAUCCAUUCACCUUUUCCUGAAUUAGGGAGGUCGUCCCUCUAACCACAAGGUUAAGGGUUCGAGCCUCGCAAUGGUCAAUAUGUGCCUGAAAGGGUGUAUAAAUAUACUAUAUAAAUGCAAACCAUUUACCAUUGAAUUAUUCAUUUAUUGAGAGCAGGUCUAAGAUUCAAUAGUCUUUGGAUCUAGAGGUUGGAGGACACGAUGAACAAUAAGUUCUCCUUUGCUGUUGAUGUAUGUAUGACACAUGUCCUCUUCAGUGGGGAGCCCAUAGGGAGUCUUCAGUGGCUUGAUGCUGAAAGACAUGACAGUGCCUUUAAUGGUCAUUAAAAUACUCAGAACAAGUA